ACGGCAAAACAUUGAGCUACACAACUCAGAGCUCAAAACUCUCUCUUGUUCAAAAGCAUAUCUAUUGCAACGUGGUAGCUCUAGCAGUGAUGGGGUUAGAGGGGAAGGAGGCUUCGUCGACGUUUAUGAGGGAUUUCCUUGACAAGUGUGGUGGCUGCGCCGUCAUAGAUGGUGGAUUUGCCACUGAGCUUGAACGUCACGGUGCAGACCUCAACGACCCUCUUUGGAGUGCCAAAUGCCUUAUUAAUUCCCCGCAUCUUGUCCGAAGGGUUCACCUAGAUUACCUUGACGCAGGAGCAAACAUAAUAAUAACAGCAUCUUAUCAGGCCACUAUUCAGGGUUUUGAGGCCAAAGGGUUCUCUAGAGAAGAAGGUGAAGCUAUGCUUAGAAGAAGUGUGGAACUUGCACGUGAGGCUCGAGAAAUUUAUUAUGAUAGGUGUACCAAAGAUUCUUCUGACUUUAUGAGAGAUGAAAGCUAUUGGAAACGUCCCAUUUUAAUUGCAGCCUCUGUGGGAAGUUAUGGGGCCUAUUUGGCUGACGGCUCUGAAUAUAUAGGAGACUAUGGUGAUGCAGUUACAGUCCAGACACUAAAAGAUUUUCACAGGGAAAGGGUAAAGAUUCUUGUUGACGCAGGUGCUGACUUAAUUGCCUUUGAAACAAUUCCAAAUAAGCUGGAGGCAAAGGCUUAUGCUGAACUUCUCGAGGAAGAAGGCAUAGAAAUUCCUGCGUGGUUUUCUUUUAGUUGUAAGGAUGAAAGCAAUGUUGCUAGUGGUGAAUCUAUCUCAGAGUGUGCUUCAAUAGCUGAUUCAUGCAGACAAGUCGUUGCAAUUGGAGCCAACUGUACUGCUCCUAGAUUUAUUCAUGGAUUGAUUUCAUCUAUUACAAAGGCAACAAGUAAACCAGUACUUGUAUAUCCCAACAGUGGAGAGACUUAUAUUGCUGAGAGCAACCAAUGGGUGAAAUCAAGUCGAGGAGCAGAGGAAGAUUUUGUCCCCUAUAUAGGCAAGUGGCGUGAUGCUGGGGCUUCCCUUUUUGGUGGCUGCUGCAGGACUACUCCCAAUACUAUCAGAGGCAUAGCUCAGGCAAUAUAUGCGGAAAAGUUAUAGGCAAAUGUAUAUAAUUGAAGUAUGCUUUUGUAAAUUAACAGAAACCUCCCUGAACGGGGCAUACCAAGGGAAGUUUGUAAAAGAAAAGUCAAGGCACAAUGUUAUGCUUUUAGAGAAUUUGUGUAAAAUUUCAAAAUAUAAGAAAUGGAUAUGUUUGUUUGAGUAAAAUAAAAUACAUGGAAUAAACACAACAGCACCUUAACUUAGUAU